AGAGGCUGAGCAGAAAAGUGAGAACGAUGCGUUCUGCCGACAACAAGUGUUAAGUUCUUCGGUUUAGAGUGCCAUCCGUCACCGAGUGAAACAUGCCAUUUUUCACAGCUGUUUUUUUAGACUGAAUGUGUGUGCCUGAGCGCUGAAGAAUUCGGUCGCCGUUGAGCUCGUCGGCCCCGUUGUGUCAGUCAGCUGAUGGACCCUUACACGUCUUUUAGGGACGCUCCCUUCCCAUUUCCAAAACAGUACAACCACAACAGAGAAGGGACGAGUCGUGCAGAGUGUUAUCAACACAACACGAUAGCGCACGAUUCUUUGUGCGUUCGGCUCGCAUUGGCUUGACAGCUAGCCGCAAUGAUAACGCGCCUAUUCGGUGGCAGCAGGCUUUCGUGAGCUCGCAAGCCCAUCAUCGGUCCUAAACAUAACAGAAGGACACAAUGUGGGUGAAGCCUGAAGAGGUGCUGUUGGCCACUACCUUGUGGGUCACAGAAAAUGCAAACAAAUACUUUCUUAAGCAACGCAGAAUGGGGUAUGGACCAUCCACAGGUCUCUCUUCAGUACUUGUUGGGACAUGGGACAGCAUGUUUGACUCUCGGCCACCACCAUAUAGAAUUCUCCACAGAACCCCAUCAUCCGAUGUGUUUCAUGUCAUUGCACAAGCUUUAAGCUCUACUGACAUCAAACAGAAUUGGGAUUGGUUGACUAAAAACUUAGUACCGUCCCUGGCACGAUUUGAAAGUGAUGAGGAUGUUACAGAGUUUGUUUGUUGCAAAAUAUCUUCCCUAGUUGCCAAUGAUGGUCCAAGCACAAAAGACAUUGAUGCUGAGGAUCAAUCAUUCAAAGACACAACCCAUAAAUUUCAGAAGCGUUUUAAUAUGCCUCCUGAGGAGAAACUUGUGAACCAUUAUUCUUGCAGUUACUUCAAGGGUAAACUUCCACGUCAGGGCUGGAUGUACUUAUCAAUAAAUCACUGUUGCUUCUAUUCAUACAUUUUGGGGCGUGAGACAACACUAGUCAUACGAUGGUCUGACAUUAAGGAUAUCCGUAAAACAGCUCAGUUGCUUUUCCCAGACUCUAUUUGUCUUGUGGAGCGUGAUGAGAAAGAGCAUUACUUUUCCAUGUUCCUUCACAAACAAGAAACAUUUACAUUAAUGCAACAGCUCAUCAAUUAUGCUAUGAAGAGGCUCAUUGAUGACAAAAGUGCUUUCUAUGAAGACAAAGAUCUUUUAACAAAAUUAAGCAAAAAUGUGCCAAAGAAGCCAUCCUUCCUCAAAAGAGAUUUAGAUGCAAGGGCGCUGUCAGAAGCUUAUCGUUUAGCAUUUCAUCUGCCAUCUACAGAGAAACUAGAUGGUAGAACUGAUGCUACCAUUUGGACUCCAUAUAACAAAAAGCAUGUUUGGGGAAAAAUGUUUUUCUCUCAAAAUUAUUUGUGCUUUGAAAGCAAAGUAAAAGGGGCCGUUAGUGUGGUAAUCCCACUACGAGAUGUCAACUCUGUGGAAAAACCGGAUGGAUCUAGUAGUAAUAUGGCUAAAGCUGUGUUAUUCACUCUAAAAGGAGAUGUUACUUUUCUCUUUGCCCAACUUCAUGACAGAAACUUUGUUGUCCAAAAAAUUUCAGAACUUCUUGCGAAACUUGAGGCUGCAAGAGUGCAACCUGAUCAGAAAGCAGAUAGAACUAAUAUCCAUGAGUGUGAGCAUGAUAGCAAAAGCUGGACUCCAACUCCCCCAUUGAUGAGUUUGUUCAAAGCUGUUGUAGAAGAUGAUGUUGCUCUAAGGCAAGAUGAAAAAGUUAUUCAAUGGGAAUUACAUUUUGGGGAGUAUGGAAGAGGGAUAUCAAUGUAUAGAACUCCAGAAAUUAGCAAACUAGUGCUGCAAGGAAUACCAGAUACAUUACGCCGUGAAAUUUGGUUGAACUUCUCAGGUGCAAUUAAUGAACAGCAAACGAAUCCAGGCCUAUAUCGAAGUCUUGUGGAUAAAGCAGUUGGAAAACAAUGUGUUGCAAAUGAUGAAAUUGAAAGGGAUUUACAUAGAUCACUCCCUGAACAUAAGGCAUUUCAGUCUGAAGUGGGAAUCAAUGCCUUGCGACGUGUACUCUCUGCCUAUGCAUACAGAAAUCCCCAGAUCGGUUAUUGUCAAGCAAUGAACAUAGUUGGAUCUGUUCUCCUGAUUUAUUGUAAGGAGGAAGAAGCUUUUUGGCUUCUGGCAACAAUUUGUGAAAACCUUCUACCUGAUUACUAUAACAAAAAAGUGGUAGGGGCUCUUAUGGAUCAAGGAGUGCUAGAUGAUUUGACUGGACAGUAUCUACCUCAUCUGCAUUCUCGUAUCCAACAGCUAGGAAUGAUUAAAAUGAUUUCCUUGUCUUGGUUUCUUACCAUUUUCAUGAGUGUCAUGCCAUAUGAGAGUGCUGUAAAUAUUAUGGAUUGCUUCUUCUAUGAUGGGGCAAAAGUGAUAUUUCAGGUUGCACUUGCCAUACUCUCAGCUAAUCAGGAAAAAAUUCUAAACUGUCGAGAUGAUGGAGAAGCUACGCAACUGCUUGCUGAUUACUUAGAGGGCAUUUACAAUGAGGAAGGGCAAGGUGCAUUGCGGAAUAAAAAUUGGGAUCAAAGCAAGAAGAGCAUCUCAAUCCAACAACUUUUACGAGAAGCCUACUCCAAUUUUGAUGAUCUUACUGCAUCAACCAUGGAAAAAUUAAGAUUCAAGCAUAGAGUACGAGUUGUACAACAGCUGGAGGAGGGGGAAGAAAAGAAUGUUGUACGAAGUGUUGUAGGAGAUAACUUUUUUUCCACUCCAGAACUUCAUGAUUUAUUGAGUUUGGUUCGUGAUGAGUUGCUGAGUCAGCCUAUCAUUGGAGAACGAUAUGAUCCAGCACUGCUCCCUUACGAAAACUUCCAAAUUGACUUCGACCUUUUCAAAAUUAUCUUUAUGGGAAUAUCUCCGUGGGGAAAAGGAGUACAAUCUGAAUCUCUUUCUGCCCGUCUCUUCCAGCUAUUUGAUGCAAACUGUGAUUCAUAUUUGAAUUUCCGAGAGGUGACACAGGCCCUAGGUCUUACAUGCACAGCUGAUGUAUCUCACAGAUUAAUUUUGCUGUAUGUAUUACAUUUGCCUCCUCUGCUGUCAGCAAACGAUAUUCAAUCUCCUGUUUCUGGUCCUUCUGGCGCAGAGGUAGCAUCUGAGGCAACAGACUUUUUCCAUAAAAUUGAGGAAAGUGUUGAAUGUUUGGAACAAGCUAUGUCCCUUCUCAAUGAAACUCAUUUAAGCACUUCAGACCAUACAAUGCAUCGAUCAACAUCAAUAUCAAGUGCAACCUCUUUUCACAGCGACAAACCUUGGGAAGUCCGUGGUAUUGGUAGUUUAAGACUACUAAUGGAGGAAAAAGAGACUCGAAUUAAAAGCUUCCCAAAAAUGUCUCAACCUCAUUUCAUUGCUCUUUGGAAAACACUGUAUGAUAUUUUCCAAACAGAGCCUGAAGAUCAAGAAACAUAUCAUUCCAUCGCCACAAUAGGCACUCUCCUUUUACAAUUAGGUGAUGUGGGCAAAAGAUUUCAAGCUGAUCGUGAUGAAUCUUGUGAUAGCUUAGUUUCAGCAACUCUACCCACACAAGGUGCUGAGAGCCAGAUAUUGAAGGCUGCUGAUCCUAAUGGAAAUGAAAACGCAGAACCAAAGCAAGUGAAACCCAGUAUCUCUGGCGAUCCUCAGUGGGUCAUAACUUUGGAGCAAUUUUUAGCAUCUGCGCUUACAGGAAACCCAAUCACAAAUUAUUUUAGCAAGCGAAUCAAUGUUACAGAGGAAAUCAGCAAAAUAAGGAAGCGUAGGUUUGAGAGGACACAAAGCCUCACUGAAACACCACAACCCCCCUCACCCUCUGCAUAAUUUGUAAAUUAAAUAGUAUGUAUAUACCUAGGUAUUAAAAAAUUACUGCUUAUGCAUUGAGUAUUCUCAAGGUGUGUUAUAUGAGUGCCUGCAACUCAUUCUUUAUUUUUGAAGUGUGUGAAAUAUGUGUACCAGUUCUAUGUAAUACAUCACAUGAUUGAUUUAUUGAACAUACGCACAAUUUGAACUAAACUGUGGAUAAAAGUUUGGUUCUUUGUUGGAUAUGCACCAUUUUCAACACACAUGAGCAUUGCUGUGAUAUGUUAUGUGCCUUUGAUUUUUCAUACAGUUUGUGGCAAUUGUGUAUGUGAUACCUAUUGUAUUUUAAUGUUUUACAUGCAUUGGUUGCAAAUAUCUAUUUUAUCAGUUUGAUCAAUAUUGGUUCUAGACUUGAAUAUUGUUUGAUUCUGAAUUAGCUUUACAGAGAAGCAGAGUCCACUGCUAUGAAAACCUGUGCCAUCAUUGUUUUUAUUCUUCCUAUUAAUUUAGUAUUUAAGAGAUGUCGACCCCGUUCCUGAGCAGUUUCACUCAAGUACAGGACGACUAUAUAUUUCAGCCUUGCGAUAAGUAUUUUAAUUUAUUCCCUGUCGAGUAUGUGUAUAUCAAUAUGACCUCUCUAAGAAUGAUCACAUUCUGUCUCUCAGGCUUUAGGAAUUAACCGUCCAUGUCCUAGCCCUAUUGACAGAUUUAGAAGAGUUGUUGAGCAAUUAUGUCUUCCAGAGCUCUUUAAAUUCUCGCAACAAUGCAUUUCUAAAUUAUGUAGUUGUAAGGCUUUGUACAUUCCAUUAGUCCAUGUGGAAGCAGGGACCCGUAACGAAAAGAUUUGUUAUUUUAGUUUGUUGACAAUAUCUCAUAAACGGAUUGACAUAUCGUCCAUCGCAGGUGCUUGUUGAAUAGUUGAAAUUGUGUUCGAAUUUCGUUACGAAAUUACCCAACAAAAUUGGGAGGCCCCUUCUGCCCUUAAAUGGAUUUCGGUACAAAAGUAAAGAAACUAAACUAAUUUUGUAACAAAAUUCAUUUUUGACCAGAAGGAGCCAUCAGACUGUGUUGGGUCAUUUUGUGACGAAAUUCGAGCACUAUCUGAGCUUUCCAACUGGCAUUUAAGUAUUGCUUUAUCUCAAACAGUUUACAUGAUAUUGCCGAAAAACUGAAAUAACGAAUCUUUUGUUACGGGUCCCUGUAUGGAAGUACACAUAAAUCUCAACUAGUAUAAGCUGAAUGUUACAUUGUUACAUUUGUAAUUUGUACGGAAAAAUAUUCACGGUUCCUUCCAUUACAAUAUACAAUUAUGAACAGUAUUGUUAUUCUCUAAUAAUUACUGAAUUUUGUCAAUUUUAGUAUGACUGCAGGGGGCAAUUAAAAGUGAUUGGUACAAAA